AUGUGCAGGUCCGGAAUCGAGUUGGACCGCUUCUAUACCUACCAAUUCUGUUCUCCGGCACGAAGUGCAAUCCAGACCGGACGGAAUCCUAUUCACGUGAAUGUUCAAAAUGUUAAUCCAGAAUGCAAGAACCCUCGGGACGUGCAGGGUGGGUUUCAAGGAGUCCCGGUGAGCAUGACCGGGGUGGCAAGCCACUUGCGUGCUGCCGGCUACCGAACGCAUCUGGUCGGAAAGUGGGACAUAGGUAUGGCAACGGCUUCGCAUCAUCCCAAAGCUCGCGGCUACGACAGCUGGCUGGGAUACUGGCAUCACAGCAAUGAUUAUUGGCAACACACCGUUGACCACUGUGGAGUUCACAAGAUGAGGGAUCUUUGGCUCUACAAUGCAAGCUACGAUGGUCCGGCAUGGGAGCUUGCAAACGGCGCCUCAUGCUCCCAAGAGAAUCAGAGUCCACCGAAUGAGACGUGUGUGUAUGAAGAAUCUCUUCUCACCGGUGCUGUCAAGAAUGUGAUUCGGGAGCACGACCUAUCCAUACCGCUCUUUCUCUUCUGGUCGAUGCAUUUGGUCCACAUGCCGCUGCAAGUGCCUACUGCUUAUGAGCAAAAGUUUGCAUUUGUCAAGGAGAAGCACCGGCGUUUGCUGCAUGCUAUGGUGAACUAUAUGGACGAGCAGGUCGGGGAGGUGAUGCAGUUGCUCAAGGAGAGGGAGAUGUGGAAUCAAAGCCUUGUUGUCUUUCACAGCGACAACGGCGGCGAGAUCAUGGGUGCUGGCAUAUGCGGAGGCAACAAUUGGCCCUUGCGUGGAGGUAAGUUCUCCAACUUCGAGGGCGGAAUCCGUGUCAAUGCCUUCGUGACAGGUGGGCUUGUUCCACCGUUUCGUCGUGGUACGCGAGAUGAGGGCUUUGCUGCAGCAUGGGAUUGGUAUGCCACCUACGCGGCGUUGGCUGGGGUGGAUCCCUUCGAUCAUCAGGCGGCGGCAGCUGGGCUGCCACCACAUGAUUCGCUGAACCUGUGGCCGUGGCUGUCCGGAGCAACUGCGCGGUCACCACGUCAGGAAGUCAUCAUCGGCGAAACAUCUUCAUCAACCCCGAACAGUGAUGGCAAGACCUUCGUUGGCGGAGUCAUCCACGGCAGGUACAAGCUGCUCGUGGGCGUGGAUGCACGGAAAUGGAAUUCUAUGGGUCUUCGUCAGCAGGUGAGUCAAAACGUGAUGACUGGGCCGCACUGGCCAAACACAAGCAGCCACCUAGUGCCGCUUCUGCACCCACGUCGCUGUGGACGAGAUCCGCAACAUGGAUGCCUCUUUGACAUUUUCGAAGAUCCCAGUGAAUCUACAUCGCUUGCUGCCGAUAUGCCAGAUGUGUUCCACGAAAUGUUGUCACGAGUGGACGAGCUGCAGAAGACCGUUUACUCCCCAAUUAGGGGCUACAAGAGUGCGGCCGCGUGUCACAAAGCCAAGACUCAGUACCAUGGCUAUUGGGGGCCAUGGCUGCUGAAUGACUUCAAUGCAAGCGACAUUAUAGUUUAG